UAUCCCCCUACCAUUUUACUCAUCCCCCGUGUCUUUCCCGGCAUUAUCCAGUCCAUCAACUCAAAAGAUUCCACCAUGUCAGCCGACGUGAGAUAUCUGAUCAGCACGUUCGAAUCCCUGGGCGAAAAGGCAUCCAGCUCGGCAAACCGUCUAAGAACCAUAGAUCAUGGCCGGGUCGGCCUGGUGAGUAGUUCCCGCGAACAAAAAGAUGCAUUUGAUCCAAGGAACCUCGAUUUAACUUGUGGUAACCAGGUUCUACAAGAGGCCUUGCACGAUGUCGAGCCCGAUAGGAUGGAAGUCGCCCGGGAACUCAGUCUGCCGGGGUUCCGGCACUCCGGCGAGGGGUUUCCUGUCGAUCAAGAUCCCAAGUGGGCCCUAAGGUCGAGCAAGAAUCCGUUGGCCACGCUAUCGACGACGCAAGUCUUCACAGUUCGAAUUCUGAAGUCGCGGGAGGAAAUUAUCUCUAUUCUUUUUCUUGGCUCUGUUGGCCGGUGGCCUGCAAACGUUUGCUCCGGCCUGCGCCAACAAGUUCAAGAGCAAUCUGGAAAACUCCUGGAGUUGGAGGGGCAAUGCGGCGAGGCUUAUUGCUAAGCGCUGAGCGCAAGUGCAAAGUGGUUAAUUGGUUGGUUGAGGAGGGAGAUUACAUGUCCCACCGAUCGCUAGGAACAGUGGACGAGAUUUUGUCACGCCCUGAAGCAACUAACAUUCCGCACAAAUUAUCGCCACAACACAUAACCUUCUGCAUACAAAUAAGUAUAAUUCGAGGAAUGAGAUCGGGAGUGUUUGG